AUGAAGCGAACACACCAUUUGAGUAACAAGUAUAUCUUCCUAUGUUGUUAUAAAUUGAGAAAUAUGUUUUUAUGGGAUAAAGAGAAAAUAAAAAUAUAUGAUAAUAUAAUUAGAAAGGUUGAGAACUCUAGUAUAAUUUCUUAUCCGCUUAAUAAGAAUUAUAUAGAUUUUUUUUAUAUUUCUUAUAAACUUAAUAAUUUAAUAAAGAAAACAAAGAAGAAUUUAGAAUUAAAUGAUGAGGUAUUACAUACAAAAAUGUUCCUUGAAAAAUGUUUGAAUUUGUAUUAUUUGUUAUUAUCAAAUAUAAAAUUAAAGAAAGCACAUUUUUUAAAGAAAAGGAUAAUAGAAUAUAGUGAGAAUAACAUAAGGUCUUUAUUAAAUAACAAGGUCUUAAAAAUGAUAGACCAAAAAAUGUUGCCAUACAACAUAAGGAUAAGAAGGGAAGAGUCUGUAGAAAAUUUGUUUAAGCAGAUAAAUGACGAUACAUCUCGUUAUUUAAAGAAGGUAAACAAUGUAAAAAUGAGACAUUUAUAUAUUCCUAGGAAUAAAAUAAAUAUGAGCGAAGAAUGGAAGAAUAAAUACAAAUACUUUUUAAAUAAGAAGAUGUUGAAAAUACCUGUAAGUAAACACAAUUAUGAAUUUCUUUUAUGCGAAAUUAAUGAUUCAGUGAUUAGAAAAGAGGUUAUGCGUUUAUUAAAUGAACCAUAUAAGUACUUAAAUCUAAACAAUGAUAUAAUAAAGAUAUUAAAAAAAAGAUAUGAUUUAGCUAAUAUAUUAGGAUAUGAAAAUUGGACCCAUUAUUGUAUUAAUGAAUUUACUAGUGAAAAAAAUAAUUAUAAGGAUAUUAAAGAAUUCUUUGAAAUAAUUAAAAAGAGGAUACAUAUGGAUUAUAGCACGAUUAAUAGAGAUAUGGAAUUGUAUAUGAACAAAAUGAAUGGAAGUUACAAUAAUCACGACGAAAAAAAAAAUAAUAAAAUAUUAAUAAUAAAAAAUAAUAAUAAUAAUAAUGAACAUAUUUAUAAUAAAAAUAUUCAUUGUGAUGACAAUAUUUAUGGUAACAAUAUUUAUAGUAACAAUAUUUUUGGUAACAAUAUUUAUAGUAACAAUAUUUAUGGUAACAAUAUUUAUGGUAACCAUAGUACAGGCCAUUAUGGUGACCCCUUUUAUAAAUCGAAGGAAAAGAAAAUGUCUAUUUACGAUUGGUAUUAUUAUUACAACAUAAUGACAAAUAAAAUCGAUGAAUAUACAAUAAAUAAAUAUUUUCCACAGAGUUAUGUAUUAGAUAAUUUUAUACGGAUAAUAUCACGGAUAUAUAAUUUUUAUUAUACCAGAGUUAGGAAUACAGAAUUAGGAAAUAGUUGGGAAGAAAACACAAUAAUAUAUAAAAUAGAAAGAAUAGAAAGAAAAGAUAGGAUAUGGAAUAAGAAAGAAAAUGAUGAUAUAGAAAAAAAAGGUAAUGAUUUGUCAGCAUCGUUUUUAGGUUAUAUAUAUAUAAUACCAUAUAAAAAUAUUCGUUUUAAAGAUUAUUUUAGAAUAGGUAAUGUAAAUAGUUUAUCCAAUACAUAUUUAAUUUGUAAUGGACAUGUUAUAAUAAAUUAUAAUUUUGUACGUACCGUUCCCAUAGAAGAAAAAUUAUUUAGUACGUCUGAAAUUACAAGUUUAUUUCAUGAGUUCGGUCAUGCUUAUCAUUUAUUAUUAUUAUCUUAUAAAUAUAAAUUAUAUAAUUUUAAUAAUAUUCCUUUAGAUUAUGCUGAGUUUUUUUCACAUAUUAAUGAACAUAUUGGUAAUAAUUAUAAUAUUAUAUAUAAUUUAUCUAAUGAAAAAAGGGAUAAUUCAAAAAUUAAUAAACAUAUUUUUAAUUCUUUUAAAUUCGAUAAAUUAAGAUUAUCACAUAUAUAUACACAAUCAAUAAUUGAUUAUUAUAUACAUAAUAUAAAUCCAUAUACAUUUUUUAAUAAAAAUAAUAAUUAUAAAGAAAUAAAUAAUGAUGAAAAGGUCCUAAAUAAUUUUUAUGAUCUUAUUAAUUCUGAAUUCCCAUAUAAUAUUAAUCAAUUUAACUAUUCUUUAAAUUCUACAAGUUUCCCAUAUCAUUUCUCAUCAUUAUAUGCAGGAUCUGUUUUUAGUUAUUUACUUGCUGAAGUUAGAGUACGUCUUUUUCUAAAUCAACAACAACUCUCAUUAAAAAAUAACAAAUCCUUAUGCUCAUUUCAAAAAAACUUUUAUGAUAUCAUAUCGAUUAAUUACAUGGACAAAAAUUAUUAUCCAUCUAUAAUACAGCAUGUUUUAAAAAACAAAAAUGAAGUAUUACAAAAAAUGUGA